GACAGUGAUCAACCCCUGAACAGCCUCGUCAAGGUGGUUCUGGACAAUUACUUCCUCUGUGGGCAGCCCCUCCACUUCAUCCCAAGGGGGCAGGUGUGUGACGGCCAGCAGGACUGUGCCUCAGGGGAGGAUGAGCAGCACUGUGUCAAGAAAUUCCCCAAUGGGCCUCCAGUGACAGUCCGGCUCUCCAGGGACCGAUCCACCCUGCAGGUGCUGGACCUGGCCACAAAGAACUGGGCCUCCGCCUGUUUCGACAACUUCACAGAAGCUCUGGCCAAGACAGCCUGUGGGCAGAUGGGCUAUGACAGCAGCAAACCCACCUUCAGAGCCGUGGAGAUUGGCCCAGCCCAACACCUGGAUGUUGUCAAAAUCACAGAGAACAUGCAGGAGCUUCAGGUGCGAAACUCAAGUGGCCCCUGUCUCUCAGGCUCCCUGGUUUCCCUGCAGUGCAUUGCCUGCGGAGAGAGCCUGAAGGUCCCUCGGGUGGUGGGUGGGGAGAUGGCCUCUGUGGAUUCUUGGCCUUGGCAGGUCAGCAUCCAGUAUGACAAACAACACAUCUGUGGAGGGAGCAUCCUGGACACGCACUGGAUCCUCACGGCAGCCCACUGCUUCCGGAAGCAUCUCGAUGUGUCCAACUGGAAGGUGAGGGCCGGCUCAGACAAACUGGGCAACUUCCCAUCCCUGCCUGUGGCCAAGAUCUUCAUCAUCGAGCCCAACAUCACAUCCCCCAAAGAGCAGGACAUGGCCCUCAUGAAGCUGCAGCUCCCGCUCACGUUCUCCGACACAGUCAGGCCCAUCUGCCUGCCCUUCUCUGAUGAGGAGCUCCCUCCAGCCACCCCACUCUGGAUCAUCGGAUGGGGCUUUACGGAAGAGAACGGAGGGAAGAUAUCUGACAUACUGCUGCAGGCAUCUGUCCAGCUCAUUGACAGCACUCGGUGCAAUGCAGAGGAUGCGUACCAGGGGGAGGUCACCGAGAAGAUGCUGUGUGCAGGCAUCCUGGAGGGCGGAGUGGACACCUGCCAGGGUGACAGCGGUGGGCCUCUGAUGUAUCGCUCUGAACGGUGGCAAGUAGUGGGCAUCGUGAGCUGGGGCCAUGGCUGUGGGGAGCCGAGUACCCCGGGAGUGUACACCAAGACCACAGCCUAUCUCGACUGGAUCUACAAUGUCCGGAAGUCUGAUCCAUGAUGCUGCUGCCCCCCUGCAGUGCUGGAACCUGCUUCCCCCGGCCCCACCCUGUCCACCUGGGGAUCUCCCAGAAGUCAGGCACAGAGCAAGAGCCCCCUUGGACACACAUCUCUGCCCACACCCUCAGCAUAUCUUGGUAUAGCAAAGGACCUCCAUUCCUGUAAGAGACCCCACAGCCCACAGGCACCCAGGAAGUCAGCAGCCCCAGCUCAGCUGCCUCUGAUGCUCCCAGCAUCCCAAGGUGGGAGAGACACAGCCCACUGAACAAGCCAGCUUCCAGCCUGAGGUCUCAGAAGGCAUUGCUAAGCUAAGAAGGAACUUUCUACUCUACUGAAUAGAAACAG